GGAAGUUACCCUUUAAAAACCCGGUUUUCUCAGCCUUCUUUUCACGUCUAAAAAAAAAAAAAGUUCUUUCAUUAAUAGAAAGUUUUACCUUUGGUCUUGAAGUUAUAUAUAUUUUAAGAUCAGAAUGAAAUACACUUCCUUUUAAAAAUAGCCUUUUGGGGGGUUCGGGUGUUGUAGUCAGGAAAAGGAUUUGCUUUUCACAGUCCUGUUUUCAUUUGGCAGAUCUUCUGGGCCAGCUGUCACCAGUAAGAUCUGCUCCCCCGACAGACUCCACUGGAAGUAAAUUUCUGUGAAAUGGUCUGUCACUCUCCUAGUCGGCGUAUUUUCCCCCCUAAUUUUUAUUUCCACGGGCACUGCCUAGGUCCCAUUAGUUGUGGAGGACUGGCUGUGGCAAAUGAAGUGAUUUCUUCUGAGAACCUGCCUUCCAGCUGUGACAAGAUUGUGUUUUGUUAAUGUUGGGGCUUCCUGGGCUGCAUCUGUCAGAUACACCCUGAGCUUCCUUCCUUCUCUUCUCCCUUGCUGUCUUAGUUCAGACCUGCGCCCGCGUUGUUUUUUUUUUCAGUCCUGUCCCUGUCUGUCCGUCUGCCUGGCAUCCAGCUGCCAGAGCGACUUUCCUGGAACAGAUCUGAUCUUUUCACCCCCUGGAAUGAAAUCCUGACCACAGAGUGGAGCGCAGGGGUUCGGGUCCUCGCUCAGACAGAACCUUCUCCUCUUGCUGGGGUGCGGCCCUGAGUUUGUUCAGGCAGCACCUGCUCGGGUCCUGCCUGACCAUCAUCUCGAUUGCACCGGCGAUUGCUCCUUCAUUCCAGUGACAUUAGAGAUAGACCGGUGACUACUGCCAUCCACUGUAAGAUCCAGGCACGAGAACUUGCCCGGCUUACAUUGUAUCGCUGGUCCUGACGUCUGCCCCUCAGACCACGUCCCCUCUCAUUCUCAGAAAAUAUGACAAGCACCCUUGCUCGGAGAGUGUGGAACAAGUGAUCCUUCCUGCAGGAUGCGUUAAGAGAAGAGGGACCCUUACUCGUUAGGCAUGGAGAGCGGUUUGUCAGUUUCCGACAUGCCAGACCCACUGUCUUCGCCCUUGGAGAGACAGCAGAGCUCAGCGAACGGUAAUGCAGGGCUCGACUCAGAAGAAGGUUCAAGCCUGGAGGAAAUUGGCUUUAACUGGGGAGAGUAUCUGGAAGAAACGGGAGCCAGCGCGGCUCCUCACACGUCGUUCAAACAUGUGGAGAUCAGCCUUCAGAGCAACUUCCAGCCGGGGAUGAAAUUAGAAGUGGCCAAUAAGAACAACCCGGACACGUACUGGGUGGCCACCGUCAUCACCACCUGCGGCCAGCUGCUGCUUCUGCGCUACUGCGGCUACGGCGAGGACCGCCGGGCCGACUUCUGGUGUGAUGUGGUGAUAGCGGACCUCCACCCCGUGGGGUGGUGCACGCAGAAUAACAAGGCUUUGAUGCCCCCGGAUGCAAUCAAAGAGAAGUACACAGACUGGACAGAAUUCCUCAUUCGUGAUUUGACUGGUUCCCGGACGGCCCCCGCCAGCCUCCUGGAAGGUCCUCUGCGAGGGAAAGGCCCUAUAGACCUCAUUACAGUUGAUUCCUUAAUAGAACUUCAGGACUCUCACAACCCUUUUCAGUACUGGAUAGUUAGUGUGAUUGAAAAUGUUGGAGGAAGAUUACGCCUUCGCUAUGUGGGAUUGGAGGACACUGAAUCCUAUGACCAGUGGUUGUUUUACUUGGAUUACAGACUUCGACCAGUUGGUUGGUGUCAAGAGAAUAAGUACAGAAUGGACCCACCUUCAGAAAUCUAUCCUUUGAAGAUGGCCUCUGAGUGGAAGUGUUCUCUGGAAAAAUCCCUUAUUGACGCCACAAAGUUUCCUCUGCCGAUGGAAGUGUUUAAGGAUCAUGCAGAUCUGAGAAGCCAUUUCUUCACGGUCGGGAUGAAGCUAGAAACAGUGAAUUUGAGCGAGCCCUUCCAUAUCUGUCCCGCAUCAGUGACCAAGGUUUUUAACAACCAUUUUUUUCAAGUGACUAUUGACGACCUAAGACCAGAACCUAGUAAACUCUCAAUGCUGUGCCAUGCGGAUUCUUUGGGGAUUUUACCAGUACAGUGGUGCCUUAAAAAUGGAGUCAAUCUCACACCUCCCAAAGGUUACUCUGGCCAGGACUUCGACUGGGCAGAUUAUCACAAGCAGCAUGGGACCGAGGAAGCGCCUCCCUUCGGCUUCAGGAAUACGUCAUUCAGUAGGGGUUUCACAAAGAACAUGAAACUGGAAGCCGUCAACCCCAGGAACCCGGGAGAGCUCUGCGUGGCCUCUGUGGUCAGCGUGAAGGGGCGGCUGAUGUGGCUUCACCUGGAAGGCCUACAGACUCCUGCUCCGGAGUUUAUUGUUGAUGUAGAAUCCAUGGACAUCUUCCCGGUGGGCUGGUGUGAGGCGAAUUCGUACCCUUUGACCACACCGCACAAAACAGUCUCACAAAAAAAGAGAAAGAUCGCAGUCGUGCAGCCGGAAAAACAAUUGCCAUCCACAGUGCCUGUUGAGAAAAUACCUCAUGACCUUUGUUUAUUCUCUCCCUUGGACACCACAGGUACUGUUAACGGGAAAUACUGCUGUCCUCAGCUUUUUAUCAACCACAGGUGUUUCUCGGGCCCUUACCUGAACAAAGGGAGAAUCGCAGAGCUACCUCAGUCCGUGGGACCCGGCAAAUGCGUGCUGGUUCUGAAAGAGGUUCUCAGCAUGAUAAUCAAUGCAGCUUACAAGCCCGGAAGGGUAUUGCGAGAACUACAGCUGGUGGAAGAUCCACACUGGAAUUUCCAGGAGGAGACACUGAAGGCAAAAUACAGAGGCAAAACCUACAGGGCCGUGGCCAAGAUCGUGCGGACGUCCGACCAAGUAGCGGAUUUCUGCCGGCGGGUCUGUGCCAAGCUGGAGUGCUGCCCAAAUUUGUUCAGUCCCGUGCUGGUUUCCGAAAACUGCCCAGAGAACUGCUCCAUUCACACCAAAACCAAGUACACCUAUUAUUACGGAAAGAGGAAGAAGAUCGUGAAACCCCCCAUUGGGGAAGCCAGCGUCGAGGGCGGACCCCCGAAGCCAGCCAGACGCAGGAAACGGCGAAAAUCCAUGUUCGUGCAGAAGAAACGCAGGUCCUCUGCCGUGGACUUUGCCGCCGGCUCGGGGGAGGAGAGCGAGGAGGAGGACGCGGACGCCAUGGAUGAGGACACAGGGAGCGAGGAAACCGGCUCCGAGCUCCGCGACGACCAGACAGACACCUCUUCCGCCGACGUCCCCUCCACGCGGCCCCGGAGGGCCGUCACCCUGAGGAACAGCUCGGAGCCCGAGCGCCGGCCGCCCGUGGAGAGGCCACGAAGGGGCCGGAGGGCGCAGGCCGCCUCCUGUGCCGAGGGUGGGGAGCAGGGCGCAGCCGGUGGCCAGGACCCCGCAGAGGAAACAAAGCAAGAGGAGGAGGAGAGGCUGGUUCUGGAGAGCAACCCUCUGGAGUGGACGGUGACCGACGUGGUGAGGUUCAUCAAGCUGACGGACUGCGCCCCCCUGGCCAAGAUCUUUCAGGAACAGGACAUCGACGGUCAAGCGCUCCUGUUGCUGACUCUUCCCACGGUGCAAGAAUGCAUGGAGUUGAAGCUGGGGCCCGCCAUCAAGCUGUGCCACCAGAUCGAGAGAGUUAAAGUGGCCUUCUACGCCCAGUACGCCAACUGACGCUGCCCUCUUGGGAGGUGACCCGUUCUCUUGGGAUGCGGCGUCCUGGGAAGGUUUCGAGACUGAAGCUUUACUUUGCUGGGCGACGCGCGAUGGUGCGUAUACAAGACAGGGCCGAAAAGCAAGGAGCGUGGAGGACCUCUUCGCCCCCCAGCCUGUUUGACGUCGCCGCGAUUUCAGGCCCGCCCGCUACCACAGCGGUGGCUUCUGGACAGCGUCAGGCGCUGGAGGGCACCGAAGAGCUUCUCUGUACGUCCGCGUCUCCCAUUUCUCCCGCCCGAGUCCAGGCAGCUCCCUGCAGACGCAUUUCCUAAACCACGGCCCCGCUUUGCUUUGAAAACCAAGGCGCAGCUGAUGUCUUUUUUGGAUGUGUCCGAGGAGGGUGCCUGGCUGGGAGGUUUUCUGCAGUCAUUACGGAUGCUUCUUCCACGGCAACGCACACGUGGCUUUCGUGGCAUGAAUGUCCCCGCGGUCUGAUCUUGGUGGCGGCUCAGUUCUCAGACGCACUUGCAGGCGAUGUUUCAGGAUGUGGUUACAGGAGGAUGGGCUAGACCGUCCGUCAUCGCCCGGCAGAGGUGCCUUUUAGGAAGGAGAGGCGAUGAAGUGGUUCUCCCUGAGCGACGGACAUCCGGAGCCUGUAGAGGGUUCCGUUUGCAGCCUUCUGUAGAACUUCACGUACUGCUAAUGUUCUGAUUUAAUUGCGACCACAUCGGGGAGUGACUCCUUUAGUCUGGUGGGAAAUGCUGAGCUGUGGACUGAAGGCAGAGCUUAAUGGCAGGAACGGGAAGAGGCUUCAGGAGGCUUUGAAUAAACCAUCCCCUCAGAAGGAUCCUGUCCUGAAUCCCUUGAUGAGACUGGCUUCGAGCGCCCCUCGAUGCGCCUGGCCCUGGGACGUCCCAGGAGGCGGGCGUUCCCCACAGGAAUCCGGCAGUGACCCGGCCCAGCCCCGCUCUUCUUCCGCUGGCACGGCUGGCCACCAACUGCGAUCUUGGGUGACCGGAUCACUCUGGGACCCCUUGUCCCCGUCCUGCUCCUGCUGAGAGUCCCGAUCUGCCAGCACGAGACACACAGUAGGUGAAAAAGAAGCGUGGUCUCCACAACGUGGAGUGCUCCCUGCAGCCCGCCCUGGCUGGGAGGCUGCUGAUUUCUGGGGCAGUUUCCGUUAAAUCGGUUCAGUCCCUGGAAGAGAGAUCUCUGGCUCUGAGAAUUGGCUGGGUUUUGGUGACCAGCACCCCCUCUGUGUGUGUGCCCGUGAGGGACCCAGUAUGGUCACUCAAACCCAAACGGACUGCUCCCCCCUCCCCUCCCCCCCACCCCCACAC